UUGGAUUGUUUGGUUCUGUUUGUGUUUCUGGCGUCUGGAUGGUGUGUUUGGUAAAGUAGUGGUGAUGGAGGGAGAUUCAGUCACUCUUAACUCUGGUUUUAUUGCUAUUUCUGAAAUGGAAGAUUGUGAGAUUCAGUGGAUUUUUGGACGUGCAAGAACGUUAAUAGCUGUAAUCAAUAAACAGACCAACAGAUUCUCUGUGUAUGAUGGUGUUCUUGAUGGGAGAUUCAGAAACAGACUGAAGCUGGACGAUCAAACUGGAGAUCUGACCAUCACAAACACCACGAUGAAACAUGCUGGACGUUAUAAAGCACAGAUCCUCUAUAUAAGUAUUGAUUACAACCUCAUUGUCUAUGCUCGUCUGCCUGUUCCUGUCAUCAGCCAAGUAUGUUCUUCUUCAUCAUCAUCUUCAAACUGUUCACUGGUGUGUUCAGUGGUGAAUGUGGGUCAUGUGACUCUCUCCUGGUACAAAGGAAACAGUUUAUUGUCCAGCAUCAGUGUGUCUGAUCUCAGCAUCAGUCUCUCUCUACCUCUGGAGGUGGAAUAUCAGGAGAAAAACAGCUACAGCUGUGUGAUCAACAAUCCCAUCACAAACCAGACCACACAUCUGGACAUCACUCAACUCUGUCAACCAUGUCCAGGUGUGUUAGAGGAUAAAGUGAUUCAACUAGAUGAAAUCAAUAAACCGACCAACAGCAUGGCUGUAUAUGAUGAUGUUCUUGAUGGGAGGUUCAUAGACAGACUGAAGAUGGACAAACAAACUGGAUCUCUGACUAUCACAAACACCACUCACACAACUCCACAUACUGAGAGUUUCAGUUUAAUUUUCUAUGCUCGUCUUCCUGUUCCUGUCAUCAGCAGAAACUCUUCACAAUGUUCAUCAUCAUCUUCAAAUUGUUCAUUGUUGUGUUCAGUGGUGAAUCUGAGUCAUGUGACUCUCUCCUGGUACAAAGGAAACAGUUUAUUGUCCAGCAUCAGUGUGUCUGAUCUCAGCAUCAGUCUCUCUCUACCUCUGGAGGUGGAAUAUCAGGAGAAAAACAGCUACAGCUGUGUGAUCAACAAUCCCAUCACAAACCAGACCACACAUCUGGACAUCACUCAACUCUGUCACACAUGUUCAGGUACAGCAGAGCUGAUAUUAGUUGAUGUUGGUGCUGAUAUUAACAUUUAUUGACUGAGCUGGGGGAUA